UAGAAAGAAGAAGACAUGGUCUAGUGUUCUGUGAAGAAGAAGUGAGAGAAGCGCGGCGCGCACAGAGGCUCGGAGCAAGACCAAGUCUCGUUGCUUCCGCAGGAUCAACAGAAUGGCUACAGCAGCGUUUCGGCAGCAACUAACAAGCUUGGCAGUCGCUGGAGGUUCACCUAAAGAUCAAGCAGAAAGGUACCGAGCGGUGCUUGAGGCGAUCCUCAAGAGUGCCGGACAGGAACUGGUCGAAGGACUGAAAGUUUUCGUCGAAGCUAUUGUUAACGAGAAUGUGAGCCUUGUGAUAUCUCGGCAACUCCUGACCGACGUCGGCAGCCACCUGACUUCACUGCCGGACGACGUCUCAAAAUGCGUUUCUCAUUUCACGUUGGAUAAGGUCCAGCCUCGGGUUGUGUCUUUCGAAGAACAGGUGGCGAGCAUUCGACAGCACCUAGCUGAAAUCUACGUGCAAGAGCAGAGUUGGAGGGAAGCGGCCAGCGUACUCGUCGGAAUCCCGCUGGAAACUGGACAGAAGCAGUAUUCUGUGGACUACAAACUCGAGACGUACCUGAAGAUUGCUCGCCUCUACCUGGAGGACGAGGACCCCGUUCAGGCCGAGGCGUACAUCAACCGAGCUUCGCUGCUCCAAGCAGAAACCAAGAAUGAGCAGCUGCAAAUCUACUAUAAGGUGUGCUAUGCCAGAGUGUUGGACUACAGGCGUAAAUUCAUCGAGGCGGCUCAGCGGUACAACGAGCUUUCGUACAAGCCGAUAAUUCACGAGGACGAGCGAAUGACUGCCCUUAGGAAUGCUCUCAUUUGUACCAUCCUGGCCUCAGCUGGUCAACAGAGGUCACGUAUGUUGGCCACACUGUUCAAAGAUGAGAGGUGCCAGCAGCUGCCUGCCUACAAUAUCCUGGAAAAGAUGUAUCUGGAUCGCAUCAUCAGGAGGAGCGAACUGGAAGACUUCUCAGCACUGUUGCAGUCGCACCAGAAGGCGACAAUUGCCGAUGGAAGCACAAUACUGGACAGAGCUGUAGUGGAGCACAAUUUGUUGUCUGCCAGCAAACUGUACAACAACAUCACAUUUGAAGAGCUGGGUGCCCUGCUGGAAAUUCCUUCAUCCAAGGCGAGUAAAAUAGCCUCACAGAUGAUUACUGAAGGCAGGAUGAAUGGCUACAUUGACCAGAUUGAUUCUAUCGUCCAUUUUGAAAGCCGUGAGGUGUUGCCGUCCUGGAACCAGCAGAUCCAGGGUCUGUGCUUCCAGGUGAACAACAUCAUCGAGAAGAUCGGCUCCAUCGCACCCGAAUGGAUGAGCCAGGCAUUGGAAGAGCACAUGUCCACUUAAAUCGGCAGUCAUCAAUAAAAGAUUGUUUGGUACUGCA